AUGAAAGACGAAACCAAUGAAGAGCUUUCGUGUCUGACUGAACAGGAAGAUUGGGAAAACGAAUCAUCAACUCCGUCAAGGGAAUCAUCGUCUGUUAUUUCUGAUGAGGAUUUUUCCGUCAGCCACCGAAACACUGCAUAUCGUCAUCGAUUGAUGAUUUCUGUAUCUUCCCUUGUUGUCGUUUAUCUUGUGGCAUAUAUCAUCGAAUUAAGUGGUAAAGAAGGAGCGAUCCACCCAUUGACAGCCUCGCCCACUAGUGCUCCGUCCAUUUCACCAAGUAAAGCUGUCGAACUACUGUACGACGAAACGCCACAUCCUUCAAUUUCUACUACAGCACAAACCAUCAGCCCACAGCCAGUAGACCGGCCUCAAACAAGUCCGUCAGAAAAUAUGCAAUGUAUUCAAUCCAACGAAGAGCUCAAGGAUAUUGUCAAUGAUUGGGUCGGAUCGUCGAAUCUAAAGGAACAGCUCAUAGCAACAUAUGGGCCAAUCAAUUCAUGGUGCUUCGAUCCCAAUGUAACAAACAUUUCACUUCUCUUCUCUGAAAAACAAGAGUUCAAUGAAGAUAUUAGCAACUGGGAUGUCUCGUCCGUUACGAAUAUGAAAAGCAUGUUCAACGGAGCCGACUGCUUCAAUCAAAGUCUUGACAAGUGGGACGUCUCGUCAGUGACCAACAUGGACACCAUGUUUUCAAGGACACAAGUAUUCAAUCAAGAUCUGGAUAGCUGGAAUACGUCAUCAGUGACAUCCAUGCAGGGCAUGUUUGACUUUGCAAGAGCGUUCAAUGGCAAGAUUGGAAGAUGGGACGUCUCUUCAGUCAAGGAGUUCCGUGACAUGUUUCGGUACACAGACAACUUCAAUCAGGAUAUCGGCGACUGGAAUGUAUCAUCGGCCCUUUUAAUGAGUUCAAUGUUUCAAGAUGCCAUAGGAUUUAACCAAUCGCUCGAACGAUGGGAUCUGUCAUCAGUGCGGGAGAUGGACCGUAUGUUUUCAAAAGCGAACGAAUUUGAUCAAGAUCUCUGUGACUGGGGAAAGCACUUGGAAGGUCGGUGGGUGACAACCACCAACAUAUUUCAGGGUUCUGCGUGUCCAAUCAUGGCGGAUCCUUUGUUGACGAUAUCACCGCCUAGUCCACUCUGUCAUGUUUGUCAACUUCCGAACAGUUCCCCUGACGGUUCUAACAGCACGCGAUGCAUUGGAUCCAACCAAGAACUAAAGGAUGCUGUCGAUGGCUGGGUGGGAUCAUCAAAUCUGAAGCAACACUUUGAAGCUACAUAUGGUCCGAUUGGUUCUUGGUGCUUCGGUCCAAACGUAACCGACAUGUCGAAUCUGUUCUCCUCGAAACAAGACUUCAAUGAAGAUAUCAGCAACUGGGACGUCUCGUUCGUUACGAAUAUGCAGAGCAUGUUCAGCGUCGCCAAGAGCUUCAAUCAAGAUCUGGAUAGCUGGAAUACUUCCUCAGUGACAUCGAUGCAAAGUAUGUUUGACUUUGCAAGAGCGUUCAAUGGCAACAUUGGACAGUGGGACGUGUCGUCGGUAACGGAUUUCCGCUCCAUGUUUCAGUUUGCCACUAGCUUCAAUCAGGAUAUCGGCGAUUGGAAUGUAUCAUCGGCACUUAGGAUGAGCUCGAUGUUCCAAGAUGCCCAAGGGUUUAACCACUCGAUCGCGCAAUGGAAUCUGCCAUCUGUGCGUGAGAUUGACCGUAUGUUCUUACGAGCAAUUGCAUUUGAUCAAGAUCUCUGUGAUUGGGGAAAGCACUUGGAAGGUCGAUCGGUGAAGACCGCAGACAUAUUCAAGCAUUCUGCAUGUCCAAUAGCGAUGGAUCCUUUGUUGACGAUGUCGCCGCCUGGCCCGUUUUGUCACACUUGUGGACCACCGAACAGUUCUCAUGACGGUUCUAACAGCACGCGAUGCAUUGGAUCCAACCAAGAACUAAAGGAUGCUGUCGAUGGCUGGGUGGGAUCAUCAAAUCUGAAGCAACACUUUGAAGCUACAUAUGGUCCGAUUGGUUCUUGGUGCUUCGGUCCAAACGUAACCGACAUGUCGAAUCUGUUCUCCUCGAAACAAGACUUCAAUGAAGAUAUCAGCAACUGGGACGUCGCUUUGGUUACGAAUAUGAAGAGCAUGUUUGAUGGUGCGACAGCCUUCAAUAUAAGUCUUGACAUGUGGGACGUUUCAUCAGUGACAUCGAUGCAGAGUAUGUUUGGCUAUGCAGGAGCGUUCAAUGGCAACAUUGGACAGUGGGACGUGUCGUCGGUAACGGAUUUCCGCUCCAUGUUUCAGUUUGCCACUAGCUUCAAUCAGGAUAUCGGCGAUUGGAAUGUAUCAUCGGCACUUAGGAUGAGCUCGAUGUUCCAAGAUGCCCAAGGGUUUAACCACUCGAUCGCGCAAUGGAAUCUGCCAUCUGUGCGUGAGAUUGACCGUAUGUUCUUACGAGCAAUUGCAUUUGAUCAAGAUCUCUGUGAUUGGGGAAAGCACUUGGAAGGUCGAUCGGUGAAGACCGCAGACAUAUUCAAGCAUUCUGCAUGCCCAAUAGCGAUGGAUCCUUUGUUGACGAUGUCGCCGCCUGGCCCGUUUUGUCACACUUGUGGACCACCGAACAGUUCUCAUGAUGGUUCCAACAGCACGCGAUGCAUUGGAUCCAACCAAGAACUAAAGGAUGCUGUCGAUGGCUGGGUGGGAUCGCCGGAUCGAAACGAACAGUUCAAAGCUACGUAUGGUCCGAUUGGUUCUUGGUGCUUCGGUCCAAACGUAACCGACAUGUCGAAUCUGUUCUCCUCGAAACAAGACUUCAAUGAAGAUAUCAGCAACUGGGAUGUCGCUUUGGUUACGAAUAUGAAGAGCAUGUUUGAUGGUGCGACAGCCUUCAAUAUAAGUCUUGACAUGUGGGACGUUUCAUCAGUGACCAAUAUGAACACUAUGUUUGCAAGGACAAACGAGUUCAGUCAAGAUCUGGAUAGCUGGAAUACUUCAUUAGUGACAUCGAUGUGGGGCGUGUUUGAGUCUGCAUCAGCAUUCAAUGGUAAGAUUGGAAAAUGGGAUGUAUCCUCGGUGAAGGAUUUCCGCUUCAUGUUUCAUUUUUCAACGAGCUUCAAUCAGGAUAUCGGCGAUUGGAAUGUAUCAUCAGCAGCAUCAAUGAGCUCGAUGUUUGAAGGUGCCCAAGGGUUUAACCACUCGAUCGCAAAAUGGAAUCUGUCAUCUGUGCGUGACAUUGGCCGUAUGUUCCUACGAGCAAUUGCAUUUGAUCAAGAUCUCUGUGAUUGGGGAAAGCACUUGGGAGGUCAAACUGUGAAGACCACAGACAUAUUCAAGUAUUCUGCUUGCCCUAUGGCAUUUGAACCUAUGCUGACUACGUCGCCGCCUGGCCCGCUUUGUCACCGGUGCAUUUAG